AUGUCUCGGGCUCGUGGUGCGCACAAAACUGUCGUGCUGAAUGGACAAUUGCUGCCACAGGUUGUCAAACUCCGUCGCAACGUCAUCACAAAACUGCUGGAUUUGCGCGACUUGACAGGUGCCGCCGCACGACUUGGCCGCCGCCGCGGCGACCUUUUCGCCGUGCUCAUCGCACCCGGUCACGAAGAAAGGCUCCGCUCCGGCCAUGCGAUAGAACCUCGACAGGGCAUCGGCGGCGAUCGUGGGAUAGGCGGAGCCCAUGUGCGGCGAGGCAUUGACAUAGUACAACGGGGUGGUGAUGACACGGCGGCUUCCGCGGAGCGAGGAUGGAUCGGCGGUGGCCCGAACCGUGGCCCGCGCUCGGCGGGAUACGCGGACGUUAAAUGGGGCAGGGUGCGACGACAAGCAGCGGGUGGAAAGUCUCUGGUAUCGCAGAAUGCCUCUCGACACGACGGUGGGCACAAAACCAAGGUCCAUGAAGCAAGGUACGGUCAGGGGUUGCUGCGAGUCGGGAGUCGUGAGAAUUGGGGAUUCGGGUGACGUCUCACAUGCGGGGGAGCGUGUUUGAUAAGGCUUGCCGUCUUGCUCCCUAUUAACAAAGACUCUUUGUCAAAGAGUGAGGGAGUGAAGGAAUCGCAGAGCUCGCAAUCUCAUCCAAAUCCAGUCAGCACCUCUGACGCACAGAUGAGAGGACGUGGCCAUGUGUAGACUGCACGUUCGAUAUGUAAGUUCGACUUCUGUAAGGCCCGUUUCUGUAAGAAAGUAGACUGUACACGUGUACAAAACAAGCUCCCUUCUGUAAGGCCCGUUUCUGUAAGGAAGUACUGUAGACUGUACACGUGUACAGAACAAGCUCUAUUUCACACCUAACCUCCUUAUCACAUACAAUCCAGUCUCCAGGUUUUGCACGUUGAAGUACAUAUAAAUGAUGUUGGAGUUGG